AUGCUCCGCGACGAGCUUCUCCGGUCUAAGAACGAUGAGAUCGCAAACUGUUUGUUGUCGCGCAAGCGAAAACUGACCGAGUUGUAUUAUGCGACCGUGGGUUAUGAGGGCGCGACCGCCGACUCUCUCUACCAGCAGAAAGAGCAGGCCUUCCUUGACGCCAACGACCUCACCAGAGGGCGUUACUUCGACGAAGCCACUCUGCCGUUGCCCACCCAUGCGCUCGCGCGUUCACCGACCCGGAAGCCAGUUACGUCUGCUGUCACCGCGGAGGUAAAGGCUCAGCAACACGCUGGGAUUACUCCUCCCUCGACUGUCGAUGGUCGCGCCUCUCUACUUCCGACUGGGGCAAGCCCGCAAGGCGGGUCCAACUUGGUCGUAACACCAGUCGUCGCGUCUACAACAAAGGUUCCCCAAACUGCAUCUCUACAAGUCCCUCCGGCCGCUCAGGAUCCCGACGUCCCUGCCGCGACUGCACCACUCGAUCGGCCUUUUGCGGAUCAGAAAGCGAGCGUCUCCGCGCCUGCGACUCAAGACCACAAUGGAGCAAAGCUCGCGGUCUCUCCUGGUGCAGCGAAACCCACUGCAGCAACUGGAACAGCUCCUUCUUCCUUGGAACUUCCACCUACCACUCUCCCUCGAAAGAAAUCGGACGCGCGACCCUCUCUCACUCUAGGCCCUUCACAUCUCGAACAACCUCUCUCACCUGCCUCAUCCAUCGAUCCUUACUCUACGAAUACUCCAAUUCCUGUCGCCGCGUCACCAGAUACUAGCCCCGGAGAGGAGGUGGCCGAUGUCAGCAAGCUUGGCCGCCAAAGUCCCAAGGACAGCCGAUCCAUGCAACCCCGUCCCAACUUCAUCCCAUCAACACCGGACGAGCAACUACGAAUGGAGGAAGCCCAGUCAUUGCGGGAGGCCAAUAUCAAUGGUAUUCCGUUGGGCAACCAGGCUAGUCAAGCGACCGCGGAGGCCUGCGCCGACAAAGAUCAAAUGGAACUUGAUCAGGAACCUUUGGUUGCACCUCAGGAACCAAAGCUUCCUACCGGAACGGUUGCUACUGGGACGGAAGUCUUGUCUCCCACCGAGCAAUUGGCAGAUGAAGUUCGGCCUGGUGGUGAAGCACCUACAGAGCCCAAGAAGCCGAUAUCGAUUACAGCGACCCAACCGGAUGUGUCUCAGUCGCGGAUGACAACUCGUGUUUCAUCUGGAGCGAUUCGUCACAAGUCCGUUUCUGAAAUCCUGGGUGAGACCCCAAGGCAUACGGCCCACGACAAAACCCAUGCUACGGGUGAACCCCAGACGCCCGAAAGUCUUGCUCGCAUGCGGUUCAAGGAUCGCAAGGAGCGCGAGAAGGAGAGAACUAGAGUCUCAACUGUCGUAUUCCCCAAACAACCUUCGUCCUUGCAAGACAAGGCUGAAUUCAUGGACCUUGAGAGCCGGGACUCGGGCGAUGCUGUUGCCAAGUUGAACGAGGAGCAGGAUUACUUGUUCACCUUAUUCUUAAACAGGGCUUAUGCUCCCCCGAGAGGAACCAAUCUCAACACUCUUCUUGCAUCGGCUCACAAGACAUUGAGCACGUCGAACCAUCUUCUGGAGUACCAAGAGCAGAUGGACUGCCGGACACUUCGACGUAUAUACGCACUACAGAAUGCUAAUCGAUGGCCCCUGCGACAAAUGAAGCGAUCUGCCGAGCCUCCUCGCUCGUUUAGCUAUCUGGAUGUCCUAUUGGAUCACAUGAAGUGGAUGCGCACGGAUUUCCGCGAGGAACGGAAGUGGAAGCUGGGUGCAGCGAAGAGUUGUGCCGAGUGGUGUGCGGAGUACGUUAAUAGCGACGACGAGCACCGCUCCCUUCUUCGCGUGAACGCCAAAAUCCCAACGCCCAAACCAGUUGCACCCGUUGCUUCCAAACUGGGCGUGGCUUCUCCCUCGGAAGACACAGGCGACGAGACGUUCGCAGUAUCCCACCCUACGCCUGAUUUGGUACCAUCCGCUGAAGAGGAAUCGGUCAGUGAUGGAUUCAAUGAGGAGUCUCGACAUGAUAUCCACGAUACCGUGGCUCCUGCAGCGAUCUUUUCAUUGGGAUCCGACGAGUUCAAUUUCUCCAUUGAUAUGACUCCUUCCGCAGAGAAGCUACUGGAUGAAUUGCCGCUUUACCAGCCCGUUCGCUUCGUCCGCGACACUCAAUCGCCAGCCUUCAAAGACCUUCCUGACUCGGCCUGGAAGCAUGAGCUACUCCCUGUUUCGAAGUUCGCUACCACCAAAAUCACUUUCCACAAAGACGAGGAGCGCCCUCGUAAACAAACGCGAUACGACUACUCUCAGUAUGGUUCCGCAUCCGAGCAUCACAUCACAGACCUGCCGCCCGAGCAGACCAAUGUCGCUCUCUUCCGUCCUGAGAACAAGCCCAUCAGAGACCGUAUCCACCCUGGUCAUUCCUUCCGACCACCCACGGAGCAUCCGAUGCCCUCAGUUGGAUUCUUUGAAUCUCGCCAGUCUUCCCAAUGGACUUUGUCGGAAGACGACGAACUCCGCCGCCUGGUCAAGGAAUAUUCUUACAAUUGGUCGCUCAUCUCUAGUUGCCUGACUUCACCAUCAUUGUUCACGUCUGGAGCCGAGAGACGAACCCCUUGGGAAUGUUUUGAGCGUUGGGUGGGCCUGGAAGGUCUACCAGCAGAUAUGUCUAAGACGCAAUACUUCCGGGCUUAUCACCAGCGACUUGAGACUGCCCAGCGUACUGUCCUGGCUCAACAGCAAGCUGCCCAACAGCAACAACAACAACAAGCGGCCAACAAUGGUCAGCCACAGCAGCCUAUUCGCCGGAGAACCACUCAGCCACUACGCGUGGACAGACGCCGAUCGUCAAGACAUCUGGCGUUGCUUGAUGCCAUGCGGAAGCUGGCUAAAAAGCGAGAAACGAUGUUGCAAAAGCAACAGCAUGCAUCUCAUCUCGCUUCGUUGAGGAAGGCAAAUGAAGCUAAUCAACCCAAGCCUCCGAUCUCCUCGCCAGCCGAGUUCAGCCGUCUGAAGCAUGAGCGGGAAAUGAAGCUCCAGGAACGACAGGAGCAGUAUCGGCAACAGAUGAUUGCUCAGCAAAGGGCUAGCAUGGUCGCUCAGCGGGGAGGCCAGGUGCCCAACCAGCAACAGCCUCCGCAGCAAAUGAUGAAUGUUCCGGGCAGACCCAACAACUUGCCUCCAAACGCACCGAAUGGCGCCAUGGUGAAUGGUACCCCGAACGGAAUGCCUGCUGGUAUGGCUCCUAAUGUUGGGGUCAACCAGGCUCGCACUCAGCCAAUGCAAGGUAUGCCAGCUGGGGCGGCACCUGUCAACGGCCAAAUCCCGCCUAACCCGAUGGCCAUGAAAAUGAUGCCUCAGGGCCAGAUGCCGAAUGUGGGUGCCCGACCUGGUAUGCCGAUGCAGGCGUCUCCGGAUAACGCACGAGUGAUACGGGAGGCAAAUCGCCUGCAAGAGCAACAACGAUUGUUGCAAUCCCGCCAGCAACAAGUUCCACAACCGCCGGGGCAGCCUCAGCAGGCUCAGCAGCAGUUCCACAACCAACAGUUCGCGCCACAAGGAUCCCACUCCCCUAAUAUCAAUGUGCCCAAUGUCAACGGUGCUCCUACUAACCCUGCUAUGAUGGCUGCUAUGCAAGCCCAGGGUGGUAUACAGAGCCCGUCUUUCCACAGUGGUACCCCGCAGGGAGUCUCGACUCCUUCGCCUCGCAUGGGUCAGCCCAACCCUCUCUCAGGUGGUGUCGUCCCCACAAUUAGCACCUUCCAGAGUCAAAUUCAACGGGCCAACCCUAGCCUUCCCGCGGACCAAGUGAACAAGCUGGCCACCGAACGCCUCAACCAGUACCAGCAGCAACGGAUGUCACAACAGGCUGCCAUGAACGCUGCCGCUGGUGGGAUGAACAACGUUCAGGCCAAUUACCAGGUCCCGCAUGACGGGAACUUCCAAGCUCCUCAGCAGCCUGGCAUGCCAAGCGGAAUGCAGGUUUCACAGAAUCAAGGGUUCUCUCCGAUGAUGCGCGUUCCGCAGAACAAUCCACAAAACCGAGUCAAUGUCACUAGCUCUCCAGCCGUGAAUGGGGCUGUUCCUCAGGCCAGCCGAAGUGCCACUCCACAGACCCAGCGCAGCGGGAGCGCCCAAGCUGGUACUGUGCAAGGCUCAAGUAAGAGUCCACACCCUCCACCUGCUCAAACAGCGAGCAGCUAA